GUUGAGCAGAAAGAAGUUUGCAGCAGCAAUGCCCUUACUGAGCCCUCUGCCAGAUCCCUAUAGGAAGGAAAGAUAGGGGGCAGGAAGAAGGGAAGGAGAGGAGGAAGAAGAGAGUGCAGAAGAGAAGCACAGGAGGGGGCUGGAGGCUGCAGGGGAUCCCUCUUGUAACUGGGGGGGCAAGAUGAGCCUGUUGUCAGCCAUAGACACAACUGCUUCAGUAUACCAGCCUGCCCAGCUCCUCAAUUGGGUCUACCUAUCCCUGCAAGACACACACCAGCCAAGUGCCUUUGAUGCCUUCAGACCAGAGUCCAGUUCUGCCUCCCAUCAUGAGCUCAACAACUACUCCAAGAGCCCCUCAGAUCUGAACAACUCCAUCCACUCCAGCUAUCUCAGCAGCUUCCUGCAGCUCCAAAGGACUGAGGCACUGGGCAGUGGCCUUUAUAAAAAUGCGUCUCCUUACGGAUCUUUGAACAACAUUGUGGAUGGGCUGAGCUCUCUUACCGAACACUUCUCAGAAAUUUCCCUCACCUCGGAGAACCGGAAACCCAGCAAGAGGCCCCCUCCAAACUACUUGUGUCACCUCUGCUUCAACAAAGGUCAUUAUAUUAAGGACUGUCCACAGGCUCGUCCAAAAGGUGAAGGUCUGACCCCCUAUCAAGGCAAGAAAAGAUGUUUUGGAGAAUAUAAAUGUCCGAAGUGCAAAAGAAAAUGGAUGAGUGGGAACUCCUGGGCUAAUAUGGGUCAAGAGUGUAUAAAGUGCCACAUCAAUGUCUACCCUCACAAGCAGCGACCUUUAGAGAAACCUGAUGGUCUGGACGUAUCGGAUCAAAGCAAGGAGCACCCCCAACAUCUGUGUGAGAAGUGCAAAGUUCUUGGCUAUUACUGCCGUCGUGUCCAGUAAACAGCACACAGAUCCUUGGCUGGAGAGCUGAGGCAUGACAAGGGAAUGACAUCGAUGACACAGUGACUAGCGGAUACACUAAUAAUAUGCCUUAUGAGUAUUAGAAUGUUACAUUCUUCCUGUGUAUGUGUACUAUUUGUAUUUAUGAAGUAUUAGGGCUGUUUAACUGUUAACACCGUUGUCAUCUGCCUCCAGAUUUUCCCCAUUUUUCUUGGGGUUUAAAAACUUGGGAACUGGAUAUUUCAUGAUGCAGUUAAUAUUAAUUAUUCUCUAUAAUGUGAUAUAGCUAGAGGUCUUCAAAUGGUUCAGAUGUCUUUGACUUCUUUUCCAUAUGGAGAUGAGAUGAGGAAAAUCAAAUGGCUUGUUCUUUCCGUUGGUAUGAAUCGGUUAACUAAAAGUGUUCAAAUAAUGUAAAUUUGGAUGCAGUUUUUUUUCCUAAACGCAGCAGUGGACACAAAAGAGAUGAGAAGCUUCAGUCCUUUCAUUAUUCUUUUCCUUCCUCUUGCAUCCACUAUUGGAUUUGACUUAAAAAAGCUGCAUGUGUGAAUGCAGCCUAAAACAACCAAUAUGGAGACAAUGCAGUCUCUCUGCAGCCUUUAACAUGCCAAGGAUUAGACCUAAUAUAUGGUCAACAAAUUAGAUUAUUUUCAGAUUACAAAACAGAUUGCCCAAAGGGUAAAGGGCCAACAUGGUCACCAUUUUCAGCCUGAGUGCAGAUCUCAUGACCUCGACUAACAGCAUUAUAGGGAUCUUUGAUGCUGUCAGUUCAGGUUAAGAAAACCUGUGGUCAUAAUAUAGGUGCAAAAAUAAGCCCAUAUUACACUCACCUGAAAUUAGUCCCACAUGUUUUAUCUUCAGGACUGGUUAUUUCUACAAGAGAGUUUAAGGUUUUCCAUUUUUACUUCUUUUCUAAUUUUUGAAGAACAUUUUUGUUUUUAUGAACUUACUGCAAAUAAAGAAAAAAAAUCUGGAUGCAGAUGGCAACAUUACGUUACCAAUAAUAAAAUACCUGCUCCUAUUUGGGGAAGUAGGAGACUUUUGUUUACAUGUACUUUAACCUCUUUGCUACUGGAAAAAUAUAAGAAGAUGUCCACAGCAGCAAAAUGGGGUGGAAUAAGGAGAAAAAUUCUGGCCUAGGUGCAGAAAAGAAGAACACACAACAAACAAUAAUAUUGCGUCAGAUGGAAACAGUGUUACUUGUUGUGUCUUCAACUUCUUUUUCUGUAGGCCAAAAGCACACGUAAAAUGAUAACUGUGAAUAAGGGGUUGUCCAUGGAUGAAAAUUGUCUCAUAUCCCUGAGCUAGUGAUUUGCAACAAAAAAUAUUUAUAAUUUGUUCUUUUUAAGCCACUUUGUAGAUUUUGUUUGUGUGUUUGUUUGUGUAUUUUUAUUGUGGUGUACUGGAUUCCUCUUAUUUACCAAACCGGAGCUUGCUCAAUGACAUCCCUGUUUUAUACCGCUCCAUGUAGUCAACAUUUCAUUGCACAUUGAUACUUUUCUCUAUUAUUCCUGCACAGUGGUCUCUGACCCUUCGUAUGAAAGCAGCAUUGCCCACAUCUCAAGAUACGUAUGGAAGGAUUUUAUAAGCUGUAGAAAACUGCCAAACACUGUAUGAGACAGCGCUGCACAAUGCAUCUAAAGGGUGAAGGGCUUGAGAUGUUCACAAAUAUGUAACUUUUUGCACUGAAUGCUUUGUAACCUAUCCCAGCUAUAAUGGAAGACUUUAGGACUGCCGAUCCUUACUGUCAAUUAGAUAGAUUAAAAUUUUAACAAGAUUUGGCAUAAUGGACUAGAAGUUAUUUGGCAUAAGGACAACAUUUGAAGGUUAAAAGUAAAAUUGGAUUAGAUUAAGGCAUAACUCUGACUUUUUAUCUUAAAAGUUUAAAUGUUCCCCUCAGAAUUGUAAUCUUUUAUUCUUUUACCACGGCAAAAGGACACUUCCAUAUUGGAAGUACCACUUAUAUAAGAAAUGCAGAACAUGGAAUAUUUUUUUGCACAGAUUACAGAAAUUGUUUCUUCAUCACUGACAAUAGCUGCAAACCCAAACAAUGUAGAUGAAAAGACAUAGUAACCACAAGGACUAUCAGGUCACCACUUUCUUAAGCUUUUCUUAGCAGCAGUAAAAUAGUACGGUACAUGUACUAGGCAGUUUACUUGGUACAAGUUCAUUGCUUUUAGGUUUAUGUUAAAUUGCUCAGAGGCUGGUGCUUUACAGACUAUAUUACUAUUGAGUGAAGGUAGUGGCGAUAUGCAAGUGCAGGUAUUGAUGUUGGCCGAUUAUAUGUGGUCACCACAAGUGCCUAUAUUCUGGUUUGGCAGAAGAAUGUUAUAAUAUGAGAGCAGCAUAGCCAUCGUUGUACCAACAGAGACAAAUGUUGGAGAAGCCUUGUUUUACAGGAUUAUAUGAGUCAUAUCUUAUGGUGGCCAUACACAUUUAAGUCCACAUUGGCCAAUAAAAUUGUCACACUAGCUGUAAGUGUGAACGGAGGACUAUUAUUCUGGGAAUAUUCUGAGAAUAUUACAGUAUUUGCUAAAUAGUCAUAUGUGAAAGAAAGUUCUUGUGUUCAUGAAUGAUCUUUCGUUCGACUAUCACCAGAUAAAAUUUCAAACAUGGCCAAUGAUAACAUCGGUCAGCUACAACAAUUGUUUAUUGUUAAGGAAUGAUUGUUCUUGUUGUAGUCAUCCACUUUCAUAAACUUGAAUUGAAGAUGUAUGGGCACCAUUAGAAACAGGACUUACUUCUAACAUUUAUCGUAGGUCAGGGCUAAUACAUCAAUUAUACUAUCAGUUAUUUAUAUUUUGGUGGUUUUUGUGCAUUUUCUCUAGACCAAGUCUUACCUUUUUACCCACAUCCAGAUUUUGAUUGGUCAAGCUCCUUUUUUUGUGGCUUUGUCUUUUUCAGUUCAGCCCUUGGUAUCUAUUGUGAGUUAUUACCAUAAUUUAUUGAUGAUGCGUUCAUUCGAAAACUGACAUUUAUAGUCUUCAUUUACAAAAAAACAUUACCAUUCAUUAUUAAAUUAUCAUGACCAAUGUGGAGGUGACCGUUUAGCGUAGCUAAGCUAAACCAUUAGUUAAAAAUUGAGAAUAAGAAAUAAAAGGGUCCGUAUUUUACAAGAGACUGUGCCACUCUUGUCUGUGCAAGUUUCUAGUAUUACAGUUCAACUCAGUUUACGAUACUGCAUUGGUGUUAGGCUGUAGUACCAGAAAAUGACUUACUGACUAGAGUGGAAUUGUUUUUGGGAGAAAACACAGACCCUACUUAAAGUUAGUCCAUGUUAACCCUUUAUGCCAGUUGCUAUUGAUGCAUAUUAAAGCUUUAUGCUUCAAUACAGUUUUCUUCAUUUUGAUGGCUGGAAAGUUAAGUAGUUUAACAAAAUAUGUUUAUUCUGUAGAACAUCUGGUAAUUCCAUCUCAGAUUUUUCUUUAAAUAAAUUACAACCACAGGGUCAAAAGGGUUAUAAGAAAUAAUGAUACAAUGUAAUAUCCUCUACAUCCCACACUCCCUUCUCAAUAUAGUGCCAUGGGCUGAACAUAAAAAAAGUUAAAUGGAACCUGUCACUAUCAAUGACAUUUAAUAUAUUAUAGAUUGGCCUAUUUAAAUUACUUUUCUAAUAUACUUCUUGAUAAAAUUUUGUAACUUUAUUUUUUAAAUUCAUCUCUAAAAGUUUGACCUUUUUCUGGUCCUGCUUGCAGAAUGUCUCCUGCAGCAGCCUGGCAGAGAAAAAAGUCUUGAAAUGCAGGUGAGGCCUCAACUCAGCACAGUGUAUAGAGUGUACAGUAGGAUUCAGAGAGCUGGGGGGGGGGGGGGGCCUCAGCCAAUCACAGCUCAUCUCUUACUUAACUGCUCUGUGCUUUAAUUAGUAACAUCAAUGGUAAGACAUGUAGAAGAAAAAUUAAGUCGCACUCACCCAAAAAAAUCUUCAGCAUGAUGAAUACUUUUAUUCCAACAUUAAUGCAGCAAGAAACAGGAAUACAAUUCAAUGGCGGGGAGUGAGAGCCGGCAAGCUCUCAGACGCGGGGCAUACCACUGAUUGGCUACUAGUUUUGCGUCACCUGCGGACGCUUCUUCCUGCCAAGGUAUACCAUUUUUCUGCUACGUGUCUUACUAUUGAUGCCACAUACGUCUUUGAAGUUUGCACCCAAGAACACAGCUAGCUGCAGUAUAUAGCGUAGCUCUCAGGAGCCACUUUCUGGGAUUACGUGUUUUUAGAGCAGUGCAUGGUUUAGAUUCUACCUUUCCCAUUACAUUGAACAUUGCUGUAUUUAGUACAGUGAGGGAGGAAGUUCUCCCCUGUAUGGCUUCAGAUGAUAUUACACCUGCUGGGUAACGCCCCCUCCUAGUCUGUGGAGCUGACUGAGACUAAGCAGAAAAUACAGAACCAUAUCAAGGUAGAAAACUAAAAGAUAAUAAAAAAUAAAGGCAGGGCGUGGUUUAUCAUGAUAGGGGGAGUAAAUUGGGAGGAUUGCAAAAUGUAUCAACUUCAUGACAGGUAUUCUUUAAAAGACUACAAGUUCACAAGUUAUUCAACUUCUUUGGUGUUUCUUGGUAUCAUUGGUAAUGACAUGGACUAGAGCAUCUAGCACUUCUAAAACAGGUCAGGUGUGGAGAUCUGGUAAUUCAGUUCGGACAAGUCAUGGACUGUAAGGCUUUGUAAAUAGUUGACGAUAUGUAAAUGUUUGCUACAUACCUCAUUACAGAUGAUCUAUUGAGUAUUGUUAGGGAAUCAGAGGGCUAGAGCAUGUUAUGCUAAGAUAUAAGGAUCAGGUCAGAGAUUUACAUCUGGAACAUGAACAAGUUUGCUGCACACCUGUAUUAAGAACUCUCUGGAUUUAUAACUGAUCUGACUACUCUCUAAGAAAGAUACUGGCAAGUUCUGUACAUGUGGUUGGGGUCUGAAAAGAAUAAGUUUGAUUUCAUGCCAUGUAAAUGCCAUGCACGCUUUAGGUGAGCCUCGAAGUAGAACUAUACCCUACAAUGUUUGAUUUCUUGGUUUUAUGUGUACUUUAGUGCUAGCAUGGAAAACUUACAAAAAUGGAAAUGGUUAACCAUAGUAACGUGUGCUUAUGAGGUCCAUAUUUGGUGGUCUGUCAGGAGAAUUGUCCCAUUUAUGUUCAGCCUUUGAUGACAUCAGUGUGUCAUAUGACUAAAGUCAUUUUUGGUGAUCUUUCCUUCUUCUCAAAGAUUUUGGGAAUGAUAGGUGUUGGUGAAUCAUAGGUGUUGUGAGACAGCUUAUACGACCAGCUUAUUUGUGCAAAAAAACAUCAUUUUGUCAGUUAACAAAAUGUUGCUUACAUUCUAUUAAAGUGGUUGUCCGAUCACUUACAUAAAAAAAGAGAAACAGCUCACAAUGAUGUAAAAUAAUAAAACUAGUAGAACUCACCUUACACCUCCAUUUCAAUGCUUUCCAGUGAUUGGCUGCAGCAGUCACAUGUCCAUUUCGAAAGGGACCAGGAAGUAGAAACUGGUUGGGGACCCUAAAUGUGUUAAAAUAGGAGUGGUUGGGAAUCAGUCUUCUUGCUGUGACUGCAUUCUGAGGUGUUUUUUUUUUUUUAAGAAUGUAAGUGGGUUAAAACCAUUGUCUCUUAAAAAGACCUGUAUAUAAAGACAUAUGGAUGUUAUACCUGUAAAGGGAGGUCCCCUGCUCUUUAAAGGUGACCAUACAUUUUCAAUAACUGUCAGCCAAACAUUCCUUCAGCUAACAGUUAUCUACCCCAAUCUACAUAUACACUUGACAACUCGGCACAUUAAAACAUAACUGGUUAUCGAUGGCGAGGGGUAAACUGAAGCCAAACAGCUCUGACACUGGCUUAUCCCUCCCAGAACAAUAGACACAGGCAGAAAAAAACAACAACAUGCCCAAUCCUCCUCUUCACCGACCGAAUCUAUUGGAAGAGAGUUGAGAGGCCUCCAUACAUGUGGCGGGUUUGGCCUUCUUAAGUAUGAGGCGCAUGGACAACUCAAGAGCAGCUCCUACUCUUGCAGACUUUAUUAGAAUAGUUGCAUUUUAAUACUAAAGCUGUUUGCUGGAGGGGCCAAGACUCAAAGACUUAAUUUAUCAAAAGUUGCACGGCUCUUGAUAAAUUCUGCGCAAAGACUUCGGGAUCUACAGUUUAGACUGUAUUUAAAUCUGCUUCAGUAUGGUCUGACAUUUCAGCGUAUUUUCGGCCAAUGUGACUUUUUAGCCGAAAAGUCGCUAUUGCUAAAUUCAGCACCAAUGCAUUUUUUCAUCUAAAAUAGACUAGAAUGCAUCAUGUUCUGAAAAUCCUCUAAAGCAAAAGUUGCAAAAAAGUUACACAUAUUUAGACUUCGAAUUUCUGUGCGACAAUUUUAGAUGGGAAAAACCAGUCUAAAUCCUCUAAUAAAUCUCCACCUUUGUCUCUUAUUAGACUCUCACUUCUGUUCAGCUGUAAAAAUCCAAUGUCCUGUAUUGUGGCAUAACUAUAGAGAUAGAAUCCCAGGUCCUGGACACUGAGGUUUCCACAGAUUUUGGAAUUCUGCCACUGCAGUUUUUGAGCCAAAGUCAGAAGUGGAUCCAUAAGGGAGGAGAAGUGUAAGUCCUUCCUUUAUAUGUCCUAUUCCUUUUGAAUACACUUCUGGCUUUGGCUCUAAAACUGCAGUGGCAGUUUUCCAAAAACUGCCAGAAAAAAAAAAACUAAGUGGAAACUUAGCUUGAGCGACACCAGUUCUAUGAAAGACAUUUUUAUUUAGAGUGCCUAUUCACAGAUUUUGUAUUGGUGCCCAGGAGAAUUAACUUAUGCUGCUAAUAGUUCUAUCCCUGACUGUUAUUUGUUAGUCAAUAACUAUGGUCAGAGGACAGUUAAUAUCAGUAUACGAAUAUGGUGAGUAAUAUAUGGUAUACUCGCUUAAUACCCGGCGUUGCCCGGUUUUUCCUUUCUAAUCCUUGUUGGGGAGGAAAAUAAACAAAGGAGGAAGCUUUUAACUUCAUAUCCUGUCCUCAUAUAUUGUUGUCAUAUCCCAACCCCAUAUCCCGACCUCCUAUCCCGUCAUCAUAUCUCGACCUCAUAUCCCGUCCUCAUAUUCCGACCUCCUAUCCCGACAUCCUAUCCCGUCCUCCUAUCCCGACAUCCUAUCCCGUCCUCCUAUCCCGACAUCCUAUCCCGUCCUCCUAUCUCGACCUCCUAUCCUGACCUCAUAUCCUGUCCUAUCCCGACUUCCUAUCUUGUCCUCCUAUCUCGUCCUCCUAUUCCGUCCUCCUAUCUCGUCCUCCUAUCCCGUCCUCCUAUCCCGUCCUCCUAUCCCGUCCUCC